CGCCUUGAUCGAUCCUGCGCGCGCACAGUUGCUGUUUUAUUUACCAAAGAUACGCUACAGCGCUGUAUUUAUGUACUUAUGGUAGGCCGGUACAUACAUGUACUGUACAUGUACUGUUAAGUUGUAUAUGUUGUGUAAUUAAAAGAGCGCAUCAUAUCGGAGUAACGAUCGAAGGUUGAAGUUUUCUCAGAAGUAUUUUUCACAUUUUGGAGAUGGAGAGGAUCAGUACCGAGGGUGUCUUAUUAACUAUUUUUCUUGUAUUUAUAGCACAGGUGUAUGGCGAAUACUGUCCCGACACAGACAAUGUAUACUGUGACAACGACGAAUAUUGUUGUGACUCCAGCUGUUGUCCAUUGACUUACGAAAACUAUGGUUUCUGGAACAUUUGGUACUUCUGGUUCAUCAUUUUCUUCAUCUUGAUGACCUGCUGUGGUGGUUGUGGUUUCUAUCGUCGUCGACAGGCCUACUUAAACCAGCAGAACAGCACUAUCAUCACCAGCCAGCCGGUGGUCGUCCCCCCUCCCAGGCAGCAGAACCCGGACAUGGUAGGGGCCUACCCAGCACAACCUGUGCCCCAGGGGGCUUUUCAGGGUCCCCCAUCGUACAAUGAGGCCGUCUCCAAGCCACAUCUCUACCCAAAAUCAGAGGCUGUGUACCCACCCCCCACCAUGCCCAUGAACGGGGCUGGGGCCUCGCCCAACCCAGCCUACCCCCCAGAUGGCGCCUACCCAAACCCAGUUUAUCCCCCUCAGACUACCUACUACCAGAGCGGGAUGCCCAUGCCACAGCCAGAUGGACCAACAAGUCCCACCACCACGCCCAUGCCGGCACCGCCCCCUUAUUCGGCAGCAGCGGCAAGUGACGCAACCCAGGCAAAUGCCCCGCCCAUGGCCUCAUGAGUGAAAAAAAAAAGUUAUUUGCCAGUUUUGUAUCAAAUAACUGAAAAAAAGUAGUUUCCAGCCUUAAAAAAAAAUUCAUUUCUAGCAUGUAACAGUACUGGUUAUCAACUAUCAUAUCGGCUUGAAUUUGUCACAUUCCAAGUGUUAAUUGCUGACGCUGGGUGAAUUUCAGCCCAGAAUAUGAAGCUGUGGUCAAAUUUGUAUUUGAGAGAAGGCUGGAAACAGCUUUUUUUAAGCCCUUUCCAUGUUUUAUCAGCGUCACUUUGUGCAAAUAUUUAGAUGCACCUUGACAAACCAUCUAUAACCGAGUUAGUAACCGCAAAUGCUUAAUUCCAAAACUGAACGAGGAUUUCUUGCCAA